GUUUGUGGGUCAACAACCCGUACAUUUGGGCAGAUGAUUCCGGUUUACUAAAAAUUGCACCCGGCACUGUUCUGCUUUGGAGAGACGCAAAAAAGCGACGUGAGUUGGAAAAGAAAUUUCGAGUCCUUGUUGACGGAUGUGCGCGCAAUCAAAACAAACCCAACUCGGUCGGCUGCAGCCCAAAACCUGUCACCAACAGUGAGAUCCCGGACGGAAGGACCAGCCGUACUGCAAGCAGCACAAUAAUACAUCGGUCCACUCGGCUCUCUACAGCCCAAUCACAACCACUUCCAGGACAAACGCCCAACGCAGGCAUAAUGAACCCGAACUAUGUGAAAAAGUGUGCCGACUUUUUGCAAAACAUACCGGCCCACAAGCUGGCCGCAACCAAUAUUGCUGCUACCGGUGUUGCUGCGGUUGCUUCAACCGAUCCUUCCUGUCCCGCCGCCGGUGCCCCGCAGCAACCGCAAUCGAAGCCCGAAUCGAUCGGCAACAGAGCUUUUGGGGCUAGAAAAACGCCCCAAAGACCGGGUGGUGGUGGUGCCGUGGGGAUGACGAAGCGUCCCGUUUGGCGUCACCCCGCAGCCGGUCCGGUGGCUCCCUUUCCCCGCCCCCAGCAGCCAGCGCACGCAAGCGAGCAGCAAAAGUUCGUGCGGAGCUGCUGUCCGUCACGCCGGCCCGAUACGUCGGCCCGCCCGGGACGGGCACGGGUGGAUUGUCGGUGGGACGCGCAGGGUGGGAAACAUACUCCAACCCCGCUGCCCACUUUACCGCCCACCGGUGAGAUGAGUGCCGGCCCGAUACGGGAAGGUCGGGGCGACGCAGAUAACGUCAAUCACCGGGACGGCAUUGGACAGACGAGCGUGGAAUGCCAGGACCGUCAACCGCCGUCCUGGUCCGGAAUGCUGUCCCAGGCUCAUCCUCUCCCGGCUGUCAGCGGACAGCGGAAGGAUCGACAACCAGCUAGAGAGUGUGACGAGUUUACCGAUUGCUCUUCCGUCGAUAACAACAACGGGCUACAUGCAGAGGAUGAAGCAUCGAACCGAAAGGCAGACAGUAAACUGUUUCAAUUCCAUCCACUAAGAACGGUACAAUUUCUCUGUCUGGAGUUGACGAACAAACUUCGAGCGCUGGGACCAGAGCAUCGCUCGCUGUACAAAAUAGGCAAGGAGCUGUCGAUUGUGGUUCGGUUCUUAUCGCACCAGCAGCAAACGGAUCCACCGGAAGCGACUGUUAAGGCACACCCACAGGAUGGCACGGACCGGACGCAAGACAAACCCGAAUGCCCGAACUGUCAGCUGCUGCAGCGAAACUGGCAGGACGAUCGGGACCGGCACGCCCAGGAAAGCGCCCAGUUAACGGAGCAGAUUAAUUAUCUUCAGACACAGCUACGCACGGUCCCGCGGCCGCAAGAUGUGGGCGAGCUGGUGCGGGAGCAGUACCGCCGCAUGGAGAGCGAUAUUACGAAAUUAAAGCUCGCGGUCGACGAGAAAAACGUCGAGCUGGUGUUGAUUAACGAUCUGAAACGGAACCUUAAGGAGGCGCUUGCGAGGGCGAAGCGGACCGAGCAGGAGCGGGCGGAGCUGGAAAAACGCUUGCUGGAAGCGCAGAUGGAAAACAAGCGACUGGAGCUCUUCCUGGACACGCAGGCCAUUAACUUUCGCAAGGUGAAAAGUGAGCUCAGCCACAUCCACCAGCUCUCCAGCCGGCAGAUCCAGUAUCUGGACGAGCCGAUCGAUUCGCUGGUGCAGCUGGCGGUCAGUCCACGUCGGCACCAUCGCGGCCGUCAGCCAUCGUUGCGUAAUUAUGCAUCGACACAGUCGUCGGAGUGUGAUACGACUUCCUCCCGUACGCUUCAAUCACCUCGCCCGGAGGAGGAGAUGGAGGAGGAGCACAAUCAGGCAGCGAAAUCUUCACCAAACCGGCCCGAGAUGGACGUGGCACAGCGAAAAGCUCAUUCCAAUUGCCGGACCACCACCACUACCACCAGUACGUCGGGCCUCACGCCCGACGAAUCAAUGCCUUCGUUAGCGGCGUCGCAAUCGGAUCGGGAUAAUGCGACCGGGAGUACGCAGUCGUCUACGCCGAGCUGGAUUGACCGACCGCGACGACCGGGCGAUGACAAUGGCAAAGAUAACGAACGCCACCGCCAAGUACCGGGCAUCAAUCGUGGUGCCGAUCACGAUGACAACCGCAUCCGUCACCGGGCGAGCGAUUCGGAUUACAGCGCCGGGAAGCUGACCGGACGCCCUCUGGACGAUGGUGACGCCCAAUGGCAGCAAUUCGUCGUCGAGCUGGCCGAAAACAUCACGCUCCCGUCGUCACCGCGCCCGUUCCGGCACAACCUCUCCAUUGCGCAGCUAUCCGAUCUGGACGACUCGUUGAUGUCGGAUGCAGCAGCAGCACUAUCGAAAUGCCGUGCCGGUGAUGCUACACCAUCUUCCCAGGGCAGCAACCUCUGCAACAGCAGCAGCAGCAGCAAAUUUACCAAGCAAUUACAAACCAAAUAACGGAGUGCAGUGUGGAGCAGCGUUCCAGUGGAGCAGAGCAGCAGUUGCUUUGAUAUUUGCUGCCCUCUGUCCCAGAG